AUGUCAGCGUAUGCAUUUUUCAGAGUAUUUAAUCUCCUAAAAACACCACUUGAAAAUGUUCAUUGCUGGUGUAGUUCGGUUUCAGACAAUAUAAUGGAUAUUUCAACCCUUUCAAAAAGUAUCCUUAGCGUUGCGCUUACCAGCAACAUUACAACAUCCAUAGCUACGAACUUUACAUACGACCUCCAACCAUUGCUCUCAUCGUCUGCAGAAAUCUACUAUCCUGGUUCGGAAGGGUAUAUAAAUGCCACCACGAGAUGGGAUGCCUAUACUAAACCAGGGCUUGAUGUUGUUGUGAAGGUUGCAUGUGAGGAAGAUGUACAGGAGACAAUUCGCUAUGCAAAUUCACAUUCUGUGCCGUUCCUAGCCAUUUCAGGCGGCCAUGCUACUUCCAGCACGCUUUUGGAAAUCAAAUCUGGCAUCGGUAUUUAUCUCCGCGGCCUUUCGGGUGUUUCUAUCUCCCCCACCGAUAAAUCUCAGGCCCUUAUCCUCGGCGGAACUCUAUCAGGCGAGGUGAUCUCCGAGCUUUGGGACCUUGGGAAACAAACUGCAACUGGCGCGUGCGAUUGCGUCGGUUUCAUAUCGCCAGUGCUGGGUGGUGGUCAUGGAUGGUUGGAAGGCCGAUACGGACUCAUGGCUGACAAUCUCAUAUCCGCGCGAGUUGUUCUAGCGAAUGGAACAGCCGUCACGGUUGACAAUACCCAGCAUUCGGAUCUCUUCUGGGGUCUUAGGGGCGCAGGGCAUAAUUUUGGAAUCGUCACAUCGAUAUAUUAUCAAAUCUAUGAUCGAACCCCUGACAUUGAUAGUUUUGCAACUGCGACGUUCACAUUCACGCAGGAUAGACUAGAAGAGGUCUUCAGCAUCGCAAACCAGUGGCUCGCUGCAAAAUAUCGUCCAGUUGAACUCAUGUAUAUGGGACUCAUAGCUUUCGAUCCGAUCGUUGAUUCAAAGCCCAUAGUACAAUUUCAAUUACGCUGGCAAGGAGCUGACAACAUUCCAGACGAGUAUACGGAUCCGCUUAAUGCACUUAAUCCAGUCAGCGUCAUCCAGUCACACAUCAGUCUUCUGAAUAUCAACGCAUUGACAGGUGCAUCCCCCUCGGGCCCAGCGUGUGUAGACGAAAUUGGACGGCAACUUUUUCCCACCGAUUUAGAUUCCUGGAAUGUCGCUAGCCUACGUGCCGUCUUAGACAUAUUCUCUACUUUUCCCGCCUCAUUUAGCAAUUCCCUGAUGCUCCUUGAAGGAUAUGCCACAAAUCGUGUUCUUGAGAUUCCCUCAGACAGCACGGCAUACGCGUUACGCUCCAAACAACUGCUUGCCGCGCCGUUCUUUACUUAUCCACCUAAUGAUGAAACCUUGCAGCGUGAUAUGAUCAAACUUGGGAAGCAGAUAAGAAAUGUGAUGUUGAAUGGUACUGGGGAAAAGCUGCAUGCAUAUGUGAAUUAUGCGACUGGUGAUGAAAGUCAGGAGGCUCUUUACGGGUAUGAACCGUGGCGCUUAGAGAGAUUGAGAAAAUUGAAAAAAGAAUAUGAUCCUUUGGGAAGGUUUAACUUUUUUGGACCGAUUAAAAUGUAG